GCUGGUUCUCAAAAAGGCUCUGGAAGGGAUUGGGGGGGUCCAGCUGGAUCUCUGCCUCCCCCCACUUCCCACCUCAAAGCACCCUACACCUGCUGGCAGGAACAGCAGCCCCGUCCUCCCUGCAGGACAGGGGAGCCAUGGCCCAGCCCAGCCCCGCCAGCUACGUCCGCGAAUUCACCCGCCACUCCAGUGACAUCUUGGCCAACCUGAACGAGCUGCGGAAGCGACGGAUCCUGACCGACGUCACCUUGCAGGUGGGGGGCUGCCCCUUGCAAGCCCAUAAGGCUGUCCUGACAGCUUGCAGUGGCUUCUUUUAUUCGGUUUUCCUGGGCCACGGAGGCCACCAACUCAGCGUACUGACCCUCCCCAGUUCCAUCGAGCCGGUGGGCUUCCAAGCCCUCCUGGAUUUCAUGUACACCUCCCGCCUCCUGCUCAGCCCAGGCACGGCGCCCGCGGUGCUGGUCGCCGCCUCUUAUUUGCAGAUGGAACAUGUAGUCCAAAGUUGUCACCGUUUCCUCCAGGCCAGCUAUGACCGGCUCACCUUCCUGCUGCCCCCCCUGAACCCCCAGUCCCAAAUGGCCCAGCCGCUGGAAGACGUACCAUCACGGCGACAAGACUCCAUCGCGGGGCCUUUUGCCCAUGGGGCCACCACCGAAGGGGCCCCGCAGCCUUCAUCCUUCUGCCCUCCGGAGAAGGAAGUGGGAUCUGUCCAAUCCCCGGGAGCCGGGGAUCUUUUCCCGGCGGGUCACCCGGCCUCCCCUGCCGAAUCCAGUGGCUGCACCCCGAUCCCCGACCUCAAAAUUUGCAACUGGAAGAAGUCCCGCAUUAUCGUCCUCAAUUCCACGACGCACCAGGCGGAGGACAGCUCAUUGGGCGAGGCGGGACAAUCCAGCCGCUCUGCAGAAGGAAGCCCCACCCCCAGGCCUCUGGCUGACCGCCAGUGCUCCAUUUGCAACCUGGCGCCCAUAAAACUCUCUUCUCAGCCCGCACAAAGAGGAGACGGCUGCAGUUCCGGUGAUAGAUCCUCCAGCUGCCAGGCCUGUGAUCUGCAAUAUCUCCAAGAAGAGGAUGAAGAAGAGGGAGGCAGCCCACCCGCCGGCCAGGGGACAGAGGAGAAACCCUACAAAUGCCAUUUCUGCAGCUCCGCCUUCCGUUGCAAGGGCAACCUGGCAAGCCACCAAUCCUUGCACGCAGGGGAGAAGCCCUACCAUUGCGCCAUCUGUGGGGCCCAGUUUAACCGGCCGGCUAACCUCAAGACGCACUUGCGCAUUCACUCCGGAGAGAAACCCUACAAGUGUGAGAUGUGCGGGGCUCGUUUUGUACAGGUGGCGCAUCUCCGAGCCCACGUCUUGAUCCACACGGGCGAGAAGCCUUACCCCUGUGGCACCUGUGGCACCCGCUUCCGACACCUGCAGACCCUGAAAAGCCACCUCCGCAUCCACACCGGGGAGAAGCCUUAUCAUUGCGAGCAGUGCCGUGUGCGCUUCCGCCACAAGAGCCAGCUGCGCCUGCACCUGCGGCAGAAACACGGUGCCGUCACCAACACCAAGAUCCGCUACCAGGUGCUGGAUGGCCCAUACGCCACCAUCUGCUGAAGGCCGGGAAUCCUUAUCGUCCCAAACCACGAUUGCUGGUUUCUGGGCCAGGAAGGGAUCUGACCCUUCGCGUUUCGAGAAUGGAGAAAAAAUUCCACCCUUUUUUGCACGUGCCACCUUUUGCGGUGCAGGCAGUCCUCGACU